AUGCCCCAAUUUAUGCAUUUUAGAGAUAGUGGUGAUACACUUCCUUUUGUUGUACGUCAAAAUGGAGGUGUUGUUGAUCAAUCCUCGUCUGCUGCUUUACUUAAAUUGCUUUUAAUUCGGCGUAAUAAUUUGUGUGGUCUUUUAUUUUGUUUUCUGGUCACUGCUUUACUUUAUGUACAAUUAUACAAAUUUCCGAAUCAGUUACAGUUGGUUGAUAAGACAAUGGAUGUUUUACAAAAUAGAGAGUCAUAUAAAAAAGGGAUAGCUAAUUCUGAGAGACGAAAAGACGCUGAAAAAAUAAAAAAGAAAAUUAUGCCAAUGAAUAUUCCAAAAUUUGAAGGUCCGAAAAAUGAUAAACAAAAAGCUUUAAGAGAUGCCUUUUUACAUGCUUGGCGAGGUUACAAACAAUAUGCUUGGGGACAUGAUCUUUUAAAGCCUGUAACACGUACAUACCAGGAAUGGAUUGAAUGCGGUUUAACCAUUGUUGAUUCAUUGGAUACUCUUUUAAUUAUGGGUCUAAAUGAUGAAUUCAAUGAAGCAAAGGAAUGGGUAGCUAAAGAGUUAGAUUUUGAUAAAAAUAGAUUUGUUAGUCUAUUUGAAACAACUAUUCGGAUACUUGGAGGUUUAUUGAGCGCUUAUCAUCUUUCUGGAGAUCAAAUAUUUCUUACAAAGGCAGAGGAUAUUGGGCGUCGAUUAUUACCUGGUAUUAGCGAUUCACCUACAGCUGUUCCUUACAGCGACGUAAAUCUUCGUACUGGAUCUAGACAACAACCUAGUUGGAGUGUAGAUUCUUCUCUUGCAGAAAUUGCUUCUCUUCAAUUAGAAUUUCGUGAUUUAGCCCGACUUGUUGAGAAUGAUACUUACGAGACAUUAUCUUUUCGUGUCUCGGAACAUAUUCACGACCAACCUUGUAAUAAACAAUUUGGGUUAUGUCCCAUGUUUAUUUCCCCAACUGGUGGACGUUUUCGAGAACCUGGCACUUUAACUUUUGGUGCUAGAGCUGAUUCUUAUUAUGAAUAUUUGCUAAAACAAUGGUUACAAACUGGGAAAACAAUUGACUGGUUAGAGAAAGAUUAUAGAAGGGCGAUGGAUUCUAUGCAAAAUAAAUUGUGGAAAGGGACUGUUUCUGGGAAAUUAUAUUUUGUUGGAGAACAAACAACGGAAUCAUCAAAUUCUUUAAUUAAAUUUUCUCCAAAAAUGGACCAUUUAGUUUGUUUUCUUGCUGGCACUUUAGCACUUGGUACUCAACAUGGAAUGCCCUCUAUACAUUUGGAAAUUGCUAAAAAUCUUUCUCAAACAUGUCAGGCAAUGUAUGAAAAUCCUACAGGAUUGGGACCUGAAAUUGCUUGGUUUAAUAUUAUUGAGAAUGAAGAAAAUAAAAAGACUACUGAUAAUGAUGAAUCCAAACUUCCUCCUGAUUUAUAUAUUAAAUCGAUGGAUGCUCAUAGUCUUCUUCGUCCGGAAGCAUUCGAAGCUUGGUUUUAUUUACAUAGAAUAACUGGUGAUUCUAUAUAUAAAGAAUGGGGAUGGACUGCAUUUAAAGCAAUUGAACAAUAUGCAAAAGUUGAGAGUGGAGGAUAUUCUUCUGUUCAAAAUGUAAAGAGAAUACCUGUACAUUUAAAGGAUAUGAUGGAAUCCUUUUUCUUAGGGGAGUCAUUAAAAUAUCUUUAUUUGCUUUUUGCUGAUGAUCAACAAAAUAAUCCAGAUAUACCUCUUGAUAAAUGGAUUUUCAAUACAGAAGCACAUCCUUUGCCAGUCAGAACACAUUGA